AUGUGCAGGUCUACACAGGUUGCUGAGCACACAGCAGUGCUGGAGGUCUGUCACUAUCACCUGUCUUUUCAUUUCUGUGCAUAUUUUGAAUGCUUUCUCCUCUGUCCUACAUGGCAGUGUACAGCAGGCUCCCAUGUGGCCAUGCGUGUCGGCGGAGACUUCUUCUUCCACCCUUUGCCUUCUGAUCCUUCUGUGGAUUUGCUGCUGGUGGCCGGCGGCGUUGGGAUCAAUCCCCUGUACUCUAUUCUGCUUCACGCCACAGAUCUGCUCCAUCUUAACCGUGUAUCAGGUGGUCGGGACUACAACAUAGGGUCUGCUCACCUAUGCUACAGUGCCAAGAACACCCAGGAACUGCUGUUUAAGCACUCCAUCAUUGACGUGUGCCGGGAGUUUCCUGACAAGGUCUCUUGUAACUUCCACGUCACACAACAGAACACAGACGUCGAGCCACACAUCAAGCCAUUUGUCAACUGUGGGAGAAUCACAGAGGAGGAGCUGCGGGCUCACGUGGACCCACAGAGGACUUUGUGUUACUUGUGCGGGCCCCCACCCAUGAUCGAAGCAAUUUCAAAAACCCUCAGGGACCUCAACCUCACAAAAGAGAGGAUCAUUUUUGAGAAGUGGUGGUAGAAUCUCCUGCAGGCCCCAGAGACCUACAGGGUUCUCCUCCUGGCUCUGUACUGCAUGGAAUGUAUGAGAAUGGAAUCAGCUGAAAUAUUUCACUGAUAUGGACACUGAGUCCGCAGAUACUUGAAGAAAUGUAUCCUGUGUCUGAUCAAUAAUAGGCAGACGGUACCACCCAGUCUUCAGCUGGUAGCUGACUCACAAAGACAGUGGAGACGUUUUACUUCUUAUUAUCUAAACAA